AUUCUAGCGCCAUCUAUACUAUAAUUAAAAUCACAUUCUAAUCAAAAAGUCGUUUUUCGCUCUCUUUCUACGUUCCGCGCUCACCAAACGUUCCCGUUAUUUAACGUUGUCAAUGGUUGAAUGAAUAUCAUGAGAAAAAUCAAAUAAUUUGCUCGGUGUGAAACCAUGCCAGGUGGAGAACCUCUGCUAAAUCUACCAUGCGAUUGUCGAAGUUGGUACAAAAUCGUCAAGUGUUUGGACGCCUUCAACGAUUGUACGUCGACUGCAGAUCUGCACGCUUCUCUCAGGCAACUCUACCGAUCAAGCGAGAUUCAAUUAAGUGAACGACGAUAUUUAAAGCAAUUUGAAGGUCUUAUCUAUUUCCUUGAUGAAAUUGCUUCUGAAAAUGAACGUAUGACUUUCUAUAACGUUCUUUUACCAAUAAUCGCCAGAAGAACAGCUUGCAUGGCUUGUGUCCAAAGGCCUUCACCAUUCAGGAAUAAAUUCUCCUUUGUUCUUAGGAGAAUUGAGCUAUCCGAUGACCUUGUUGCUUCAUUAGUGUGUGCCAGUUUCCUAGGAAUUCUUCCACCAAAUAAUCCAAAGAUAAGUCCAAACAUAUCAUCGUCUUUCCGUUAUUUGCAAGGAAAGGACGGAAACUUCUUUGUGGCAAACCUGCGUUAUCUCUUUUCCUUUAUUGAAUCUCUGACGGAAGAAAAAUCACCGUCCAGUAUUGUGUAUACACGAAUCGGUUUAAGGAAGAAAGGGGACUUGAACGAUUGGAUAAAAUGUUCCUUACCGCUAUGUCAAUUAAGCGUCCAUUCCGUAUCGCCACCUGGUCACGCACUAAUGCAUAUAGCUACAAAAGAAUGCAUGCCACAUUUGGCUGUUAUCACUAAUUUAUUAUAUGACAAACUGGCAACUUCUGCCAGAGAAGAAACUGUCGAUGUUAUUCAAACCCUUGGUGAUAAACGAGAUGUUUUUGUUCUUCUCGAUAAUCAUAAAGAAGCCUUUUUAAAUCAUUUAGAAAAGAAUUUUCUGUUAACUACUCAAAAGGGGCCUGUUAGUCAUCAUGUCAUUAACCGGUCGUUGUCACCAUCAGCAAUUAAUUUAGAACAAAAAUUUAUUCAUUUAGAUGCUUUUGCCGGAGACAUCGCCCAAAGAGCUGUCUUCGAAGGGACAUUGGAAGCGCAAAAUAUAAUAUUUGAAGCUUAUAAUUUAUACAUAGCUAGACGCUCUUCAUGCAGAUCAUCAACAGAUUCUACGUCGAGUUCAGGGACAAAACCGAGCCAAGGAAAUAGGUCUAGUACAUCGUCAAUUGAUUUCAAAUUUUUAACUAACCGUCGAACUAGUGCUGAAACGUCAUCUGAUUUAGAGUUUCGCAGAAGAAAUUCUGCCUCAUCUAGAACGAGCAUUGAAUCAACUGAUUAUGAAAUUAGACGUCAGAGUUCUAGGAUUAGUUGCGAUUUUCCAGCGGAAGUAAUUAAGGAAGAAAUGGAACUGCGUCGAACAGUCAGCUCUAAUCGCACUGACAACGAGAAGUUGUUUAAGCAUAGUGUAAGCAGUUUGGUAGAUGAUAUGUUAAGCGGUGCAAUGGAAGUGCACAAAUUAUCAACUGAUGAUGAAAAGUCCGUUAUUAUACCUUUCAGAAAGUGUUCCCCACGAUUAAGAAGACCUAAACAGGUAACAUUUGAGAGACAAUUACGGGAUUUUUGUUCUGAUUUGGUAAAAAGAAGUAUGCUGUCAGCAAGAGCCGAAUUAGAAAUUGAAUUCCGCCCAAAUUAUUUGCUAUACUUUGCUGAUAUGUUCGUAAAGCGGGUUCUUGAUGACGCUGUAGACAAAUCCCAACAAGCUCCUGACAGAACGUUGAGUGACUUUCAUUCUAUGCUCGUUUCAAGUGCUCCAUCACCAUCUCCAAGUCUCAUUUCACCAGUUGCUGAAAGCGUUCCUCUCCAAUUGGAACCUAUAAUUCCAUACCGAACUAUUAAAUUAAGGAGGCGCUCGAUGGAGACGUUGCUCUCUGAGAAGUGGCAAAUGUCACCUGGGAGAAGAAGACGAUGGAGGAGCGUAAGUUCAGGUCAAAUAAGUUGGUAUGUUCAGGAUCUGUUAGUAGAAUCCUUUGACGCAGCCUUUAUAGAGUUGUUUGGUUCCGAUUGGGAUAGAACUUCAACGGAUGUCUAUAGGAGGGAAGUUGAAAGCUGGAGUACUGCAUUCACUAAAGAUAUUCUAGGCGAUGCUCUAAAGAGUGUUUAUGUGAUGCUAGCUAAAGAGCCAUCAAGUAAGGAAGCUUAUAUUGAAAAUUUUUCAAACCUAGUCUAUCAUGAUGCCCUAUCUAAAAUCGUUCGUAAUUCGAAUGAGUCUUUACGCAUGCGCAGGAUUGUUCUACAUUCUAGACGAGAGGAAGAAUCUAUGCGAACCCUUUUGGAAUGGGCAGCAGCCUCUAGAGCAGGGGUGUCCAUUUGCUAUUUGACUUGCUCUAGACAUUUAUCAUCGAAGAUUCGAAUUUGGCAAAAGAAAUUCGCAAAUUGGACUGUUGGACAGUUGGUUUGCUAUUUGGCUCAGAUAGAAUGUUUCGAUGACUAG